UAGUCAUCUCUUUUUGUGGCUUACUAAUUUUCUUCGUUUUCUUGUAAAUAAAGGAUAAUAUAACAUUUCAUUUAAUUUAGAUUUAGUUUCUGUGUGAUAGUCUAGUUAUAAUUUUCCAUAAUGACUUUGGAAGAAGGCGGUCGGAGAACAUGUAUCAAAGUUACAAUUAUAUUGGUCAACAUACCAGUAGCGCUUUUUGGUCUUGUUGCAGCAGGACUUGGAAUAUGGAUAGCGCUAGAUGACCCUAGUUUCAUGCAUUUUACACAUCUGGAUGAAAUAGAACUGUUUGAUACUUCCUAUGUAAAAACUGGGUCCUAUAUCAUCGUUGCUGGUGGUUUUGGUGUAGCACUAUUCGGUAUACUGGGAAUCGUCGCUGCAGCAACAGAAAGUAUGAUCUUAUUAGCUGCAUAUACAAUGUUAAUUGCGUUAGCGAUGGCUGUAGAAGUAGCGGCAACAGUACUGGGAGUUGUAUUCAAACAUACGGUGGAAUCAACAAUGGAGAAGGCCAUAGGUAGAAGUAUAAAAGAGGAAUUUGAUGGAGUGGCGGAUAGCGAGAAUAUAUUUACAAUACAUUUUAAUGCAGUACAGCAAAAAUUGCAGUGCUGUGGUUUUAAUAAUUCGGCAGAUUUCUCUACGGCUACUAAAUGGAAUACUACUGUCAACAACGUAACUCAACAGAUCCCUCCGGCAUGCUGUAAAAACAUGACGUUAUCAGACCAAUGUGUGGCAAAUCCAACACCCGUUAACUCUUACACAAUGGGAUGUAAAGAAGCUUUAGCAGAUUUGUUUGAAAGAUAUUUCUCUGUUAUCAUUGGAGUUGCUGCUACACUUGUCUUCUGUCAGUUAGUUAUGAUGAUCUUGUCUUUCCUGAUGAUGUGUACUAAAGUGGAGAAUUCUUACAAUUUCAAAGAGUAACAUCAACCAAUAGAGAAUCAUGCUAAACCCUGAUAUUAUUAAUUGCAAUAUACUCAUAUUCAUGCCUGUACAUACAUUUUUAUUUAAAAUAUUUUGAUUAUUUCCAUUCUUUAAAUACUGUUGUCAACAGACUGUCUGGAAAUUGCUUUUUGUUGAGACUCUAAUGAUCGAGCAUUCGUGAUCAACCCCUUGCCAACUGUGACAUUGGAAUACCUGAUUCUCGUAGGGCAUUCCUACUCGACCAGACAUUCUAACCAAUGUAUUACGAGGAUGGGAUGUUACAUCUUGCUUCGUAGCUGUUGGAAAAUAAUCACUAUGAUUGUGUAUAAAUGUAAAUAUAACAAUAGAACUCGUAUGGUCUGAUUAUUACCCAUGUAAUUAUUCAAAUGAGAUAUACAUACGUUGAACUGUCAAUCCUGAGCAAUACUCAACGCUUCAACUCAGACUCAACUCAAAGAUGCACUUGGAAUAUGAAGAUAGGUUGUUCAAAAUCUACCCGUCAGAUUCUACAUGGGUAAUCAAGCGAUUGAGAGUGAAUAUUAUGUCUGGACAUCAAUUUUAUAUUUUACAGUAGAUAAUUUACUUAAAAUGUACAUUGUUUACAAAUAUUUAUCCGUCUUGUAAAUGUGAACGGUUGACCUUGAUUGUUGCAGGUAUAUUGGUAGGUCAUAGGUAAAAAAAUAGUGAGAAUCUUUGCAUACACUUUGUUAGGAAUGUGCUCGAAGUGUGAACAAAGAUCAAAAUAUAAAUUAACGAACACUACAAAACCAAUAGCGAUUAAAGCUCAACAAAGGCAUUCAUUUUUUUCCAAACGUAUAGAGAACAUAACAAUGAUCCUCGAGUUAACUGGAAUUUAUGAAUGCAGGAGAACGGGGAUAAAGUCACAAUAUACAACAAUGUUGUAUGGUGGUGCUCUAAUUUUCGGUGCUAUUAAUAUUUAUUUCAAAGAACGAGAUCCAGCAACUACAUAAAUCUAUUUGAGGAUGUAAAAUAUUUUUAUUUAAUAAAAAAAAAACAUAUUUUUGUUUGCUUUGA